UUCCCAGACUGCACCGCGCAUUCGAGCACCGUCCAUGCUAGGAUGAGGGAAACGUUUGAAUGCGUGUGGCUAUUGUAAAUAGCAACACAAAAAAAGGCACUCCGGCGUCACCGUUGGACCUACACGUCAUCGCCAUCUCGUGAUUUACUCGUUGCUACUGGCACACGCCAAUUUUAUUCGCAGAUCCUUUUGCGGGUGAGUUAUUCGCCAUGUUAUCGUCUAUUCCCACUAGGUUGUUUGCACGAAGGUCGCGUAGCCUGUCACCGUGCAGGCGCGUUCUCCAGACUAGUUCAGCCACCCAUGCCUGUCAGACCAUAAUAAGAGAGCCACCGGCGGAUAACAACCGGAACCCCAUAGUGUCCACCUCCCGGGUGUCAAGACGAGGGAUUUUGGCUGAUGACACCGCUGACAGCGUUCACCAGUUGGCGCAGUACCACCACCUCGCCCCUAGAUGGCUGUCAAGUCUGGAGAACCGCCGCAGCUCUUGGGCCGCGCUGGCCAGCAGAGGGCGCAACAACAACAUGUACUGGGAGGAUGGUGGUCAGGGAGCUGGAGGUGAGGAUGGGGAUACCGGUGCAGGCGGCAGCCCCUUGAAAGUGGCCUCGGCUGGCCUCCUAUCCGCUGCUGCCGUGGCCUUCUGCCUGAAGAAAGACAGUGAUGACAAAGGUGAUGCCCUUUUGGAGGCAGCAAGGACCAAUAGCCCCCAAGAUGUGGCCAGACUGUUGCAGGAAGGGGUGGACCCAAAUCAUCGACACCGUCUUGGUUGGACCUCCCUUAUGGUGGCUGCCAUUAACCGUCAGCACAGGGUGGUGAAGGUUCUGCUUGAAGCCGGUGCUGACCCAAAUGCUGGAGAUCACUUCAACAAUGUUUAUGACACCUCAAGGGAGAGAGGCAUCCACUCACUGGAAGUGCUGGUGUCCAGAGAGGAUGAGUUCAGCACCAGACUCAGCAGCCGGGCCGGUUUCCGUGGCUGUUCAGCACUUCACUACGCCACACUAGCUGAUGACCUGUGCAGUGUCCGCACGCUGCUCGAAUUCGGUGCGAAUCCUCUUCAGACCAAUGGUUUGGGACACACGGCACGAGCCUAUGCCAAAGAAGGAGAAGUGAGCACACUUCUGGAGGAGUGGGAGGGCAAGUUCCAGGAGGCGCAGGCUCGCCGGGAGGCGGAGGAGAGAAGGAGGUUCCCCCUGGAGAGGAGGCUGAAGGAGCACAUCAUCGGACAGGAAGGGGCCAUCAAUACUGUGGCUUCAGCCAUCAGAAGGAAGGAGAAUGGCUGGUAUGAUGAAGAGCACCCGCUUGUGUUCCUCUUCCUGGGCUCAUCGGGAAUUGGAAAGACCGAAUUGGCCAAACAAGUGGCACGCUACAUGCACAAAGAUGUCAAAAAGGGUUUCAUCCGGAUGGACAUGUCCGAAUUCCAAGAAAAACACGAGGUAGCCAAGUUCAUUGGCUCACCACCAGGAUACGUUGGACACGAGGAAGGAGGUCAGCUGACCAAGCUGCUGAGGGCGUGUCCUAACGCUGUCGUCCUGUUUGACGAAGUGGAUAAGGCUCACCCCGACGUCCUCACCAUCAUGCUGCAGCUCUUCGAUGAGGGUCGUCUUACGGACGGCAAGGGCAAGACCAUCGAGUGUAAAGACGCAAUCUUCAUCAUGACGUCCAACGUUGCGAGUGAUGAAAUUGCCCAGCAUGGCCUGCAGCUGCGGCAGGAGGCGGAGGAGGUCACCCGCAGGAAGCUGGCAGAUAAUCUUGAGGAUGUCCAGAAAGGUGAUGACAUCACCAUUUCCAGACAUUUUAAGGAGUCUGUCAUUCGACCAAUCCUCAAGGCUCAUUUCCGGAGAGACGAGUUUCUCGGUCGGAUCAAUGAAAUUGUCUACUUCCUGCCAUUCUGUCACUCCGAGCUGCUCCAGCUGGUUGGCAAGGAGCUCAGCUUCUGGGCUAAGAAGGCCAAGCAACGCCAUGACAUCACCCUUCAGUGGGAUCGGCCCGUCCUGGACCUGUUGGCGGGCGGUUACAACGUGCAUUACGGAGCACGCUCCAUAAAGCACGAGGUGGAGCGGCGUGUGGUGAACCAGCUGGCGGCGGCCUACGAGCAGGAACUGCUGCCCAAAGGCUGCACGCUGCGCCUCUGCGUCCAGUCGGACGGCCGCGAGGAGCAGAGCGCCUCCAGCCUGCGCCUGGAGGUGGUCGGGGAGGACAGCUCGGCCAGGACGCUCGACAUCCGCCCUCCGCUCAGUCCCGAACAUUAAAACGGUUGUGAAGGUCUUGUAGUCACAAAAGUACCUCACAUCACCGCCUCUUGUUUCGUUACACAUGUACAGUCGUACCUUGACAUACAAGUGCUUCAAUUUAGGAGGUCAGGCUUUUUUUUUGCCUUUUGUCUACGCCACAUCCUCUCGGACUGAGCCAAACCAUAUUGAAUCGGAAUCCUAUUGAAUUGUUCCACUUUAAAAUAAACUGGUUGGUGGGUGUGAGUGGCCAGCUUUUUUUUUUUUUUUUUUGUGAUGAUGCCCCUCGCACGUGGGCAAGGAGAGCGACAGUGGCUGGCUUUAGCCAUUUAUUGGUCAGGAGACUCAAACAGCAAAUAAAAAAAGGCCCACAGACGCUCACACUGAACUCUUAACUGGCCGUACGGCCUCCAUUGUAUGGUGUCACUCCCUAGGCUUCAAUACUUCACGAUGUACAAUAAUUACACUUUAUAAAAACGAGUUAAUUCCUUCAGGCCACGUUAUAUUUUAGAUUUUAAACAAUAUGGUGCUAUUUUUAUUUACUAAAAACAAAUGCAAAUGUGGGGAGAGGUUCGAUCAGAUUAAUGGCAUUUCAAUGAGGAACAUUGAUUUGAUAUUCGACUAAACUGAAUUACGAGCUUGGUCAGGGAACAACUUGAACUCCUAAGUCAAGGUACCACUGUACUCGCAAAUUAGAGGAGGAACCUCCGAUCGUUUUAGAGCCCAGUUGUCUAGUAAUGCUUCAUUCAUCGCCAACAUCUCAUUCGUGUGACGCAUCAGAUGACACAUUAGCAGCUGUUAGACCACAGUGAUGAUUAAAAUGUUUGUAACAUAUUGACAAGAUUCGGUCUGUCACAAAUGGGUGUUUAUUUGCAGGCAGAGCCGCGGUUGUUAAAAAAAAAAAACUACUGAAGGAUUAUUAUUUCAAUUAGAGGAUGAAGAGUGAUCUGCUGUGGAGGAUUGUUUUUCUCAAC